ACUGUAAACAAAUGAGGGCACAGAACGAGUAAUUGAUAAGUAAACACAAGCAACGCAAUUACGCAAUGUCGGUUACGCUUCACACAAAUCUUGGUGAUAUCAAGUGCGAAAUCUCCUGUGAUGAAGUCCCUAAAGCCUCUGAGAACUUUUUGGCACUAUGUGCAAGCGGCUACUAUGAUGGGACAAUAUUUCACAGAAAUAUUAAGGGUUUCAUGAUUCAAGGUGGAGAUCCUACAGGUACGGGUAAAGGUGGGACUAGUAUAUGGGGCAAAAAAUUUAAUGAUGAAAUAAGAGAGUCGCUUAAGCAUAAUGCUAGAGGUGUACUUUCAAUGGCAAACAGUGGGCCAAAUACAAAUGGCAGUCAGUUCUUCAUAACAUACGGGAAGCAGCCACAUCUCAAUGGAUUGUACACCAUCUUCGGCAAAGUCAUUCAUGGUUUUGAAGUCCUCGACAUUAUGGAGAAAACUCCAACUGGACCAGGGGAUAGGCCUCUUGCAGAAAUCAGGCUCAAUCGCGUGACUAUACAUGCUAACCCAUUGGCUGCCUAGUGCUAAAAUGAAGAACUCUAGUUUUCAACUUCAGAUCUUUACACUUUAUGUUGGCGGUUUUGCGGAAAGUAGGGGAAUUUUGUAAUACAGUAAGAUCUUUACAUGUCAGCGAUUUUUCUCAGCCCCCUGAUGAUUCGAUAAAUUGUCAUGGUAUUAUCAUAUUGGCAUGAAUACCAAGAGGUCUUUCUUUGUUCCAGUCCGGCAACUCCCAAAAUUUAUUUGCUGAACUCUAGUAGAUCUCAUCUGUUCAUAUAUUGUUAACUUCACCAAGAGGUCUAAAUUUAUGUGAUGAUGAACUUUGUGUC